CCGCCUUCCUCCCCCCACCUGGCUUCUCUGUCACCAUGGAGACCCUCAUCCCUGUCAUCAACAAGCUGCAAGAGAUAUUCAACGUGGUGGGGGCCGAAGUCAUCCAGCUGCCCCAGAUUGUCGUUGUUGGCUCACAGAGCAGCGGGAAAAGCUCCGUGCUGGAGAGCAUCGUCGGCCGGGACUUCUUGCCCCGUGGCACAGGCAUAGUUACGCGGCGGCCUCUUAUCCUGCAGCUGAUGUAUGUCCCAACGUUGGCGGAGAGGAGGCAGGCAGCUGGCGGAGAAAGCGGUAUCCAGGCGGACGAAUGGGCCACCUUUCAGCACUGCAAGCAGAAGACCUUCGUUGACUUCAGCGAGCUUCGGCAGGAGAUUGAAUUUGAGACAGAAAGGACCACGGGGACCAAUAAGGGAAUCAGCCAGGAGCCCUUGUACCUGAAGAUCCACUCUCCGAAUGUCCUCAACUUGACUCUCGUGGACCUGCCAGGGAUCACCAAGGUGCCCGUGGGGGACCAGCCCCCGGACGUGGAGGUCCAGGUACGGGACAUGAUCCUUUCCUAUAUUUCCAACCCCAACUGCCUGAUCCUCGCGGUGACCGCUGCCAAUACCGACAUGGCCACCUCCGAAGCACUCAAGCUGGCCCGAGACGUCGACCCUGACGGGCGGAGAACGCUGGCCGUCGUCACCAAGCUGGACCUGAUGGACGCCGGGACGGACGCCAUGGACAUGCUGACAGGCCGCGUCAUCCCCGUGAAGCUGGGCAUCGUCGGGGUGGUCAACAGAAGCCAACAAGACAUCAACAGCAGCAAGAGCAUCUGCCGGUCCUUGCAAGAUGAACACUCUUUCCUGCAGAAGAAGUACCCGUCGCUCGCCAGCCGAAACGGCACGCGGUACCUGGCCAAGACGCUCAACAGGCUGCUGAUGCACCACAUCCGGGACUGCCUGCCCAAGCUGAAGACGCGGGUGAACGUGCUUACCUCCCAGUACCAGUCCGUCAUGAAGAGCUACGGGCAGCCCGUCGAGGACAAGAGCGCCACCCUGCUGCAGAUCAUCACCAAGUUUGCCACCGAGUACUGCAACACCAUUGAGGGCACGGCCCGCAACAUCGAGACUGCCGAGCUGUGUGGCGGUGCACGAAUGUGCUACAUCUUCCACGAGACCUUCGGCCGCACGCUGGAGUCCAUUGACCCCCUGGCCGGGCUGACGACGCUGGACAUCUUGACGGCCAUCCGCAACGCCACGGGUCCCCGCCCCGCCCUCUUUGUCCCCGAAGUCUCCUUCGAGCUGCUGGUGAAGCGGCAGAUCAAGCGCCUGGAGGAGCCCAGCCUGCGCUGCGUGGAGCUGGUCCACGAGGAGCUGCAGCGCAUCAUCCAGCACUGCUCCACCUACAACACGCAGGAGCUGCUCCGCUUCCCCAAGCUGCACGAGGCCAUCGUGGAGGUGGUGACGGGGGUCCUUCGCCGGAGGGUGCCCAUCACCAACGAGAUGGUCCACAGCUUGGUGGCUAUUGAGCUGGCCUAUAUCAACACCAAACACCCAGACUUUGUCGACACGGCCACGGUCACCGCCUCCGUGAGCAGCUCCAAGACCGAACUUUCUUCCGACGGUGCCCGGCGGUGGAAAAGCGAGAAGGUGGAAGAGGCCAGCACGGACGACAAGUCCAGAGGGUCUUCCCAGGCCUCGCUGUAUUCCAGCCCUAGCCGAUCGCAGUCGGUCAACCUGCUGGACACGCCCGUGCCAGCCACGCGGAAACUGAGCCAGCGGGAACAGCGGGACUGUGAGGUCAUCCAGCGGCUGAUCAAGUCCUACUUCCUAAUUGUGCGCAAAAGCAUCCAAGACAGCGUCCCGAAGACGGUGAUGCACUUUCUGGUGAACUACGUGAAGGACCACCUCCAGAGCGAACUCGUGGGCCAGCUGUACAAGCCGCAGCUCUUGGACACACUGCUGAUGGAGUCGGAGGACAUGGCCCAGCAGCGCAACGAAGCCUCCAACAUGCUGAAGGCCUUACAGAAAGCCAGCCACAUCUCCGAGAUCCGGGACACCCAGCUCUGGUGAGCAGCCUCUGCCUCUUCCAAAGACACCUUCAAAGCCCCACCGCUAUUUAUUUCCUCCGCCCACUUGAGUCUCUGGGGGGGCCGGCAGGGAGAGACCUGGGCUUGGGGUUUCUGCACAUUCCGAGAGCCCAUUUCUGCAGCCAGAGCCACCUCCUCAAGCCCGGAUCACUACCUCGGACUCUCGCCGGCCGCCUCCUCCCUGCCCGGUCCUUUGUGCAUAUCGUCCUUCCGGGUUCACAGCUAUUAAAACUGUGGCGACCUACACAGAACCGGUUCCUUCAGUUGCUGGUUUUAGACCCAGUCCUUGUUUGUGGCAGCCCCCCCCCCCGCCCCUGGUCCCGAGGGAGAGGAGGGCUUUGUGGGUCCGGUUCCUCCACCUCCCGAGAUCCUGGGACGCGUCGUGGAAUUAUGAAAUGCAACGUCGUCCGUUGUGUCUCUGUCUGAGUACCUGAACCCGAAGCUGGUUUGUGAGGGUGUGUGCGUACCUCUAGUUGAAUAUUUGUCUCUUUCAUUCCCGUGGUGCAUGGGGAUGCCAGUAUGGACGCUUAGUGGGAGAGAGGGCGACAGGGUGAAAGCUUACUCGGCGGGGGCCGGAGGAAGAGGGCGAGACGCCAGCUGCCUCCUUUGCACAGAGCUCCUGCUCUCACCCUCUCUCCCGAGAACCACGUGCAAUAGUGCCACCGCCUGGUUGUGAAAGGGAACUGCACCGUUCUCCUGUCUGCAUGCGUCUGCGAGCCAGACAGGUGCUGGGCUCGGCCGUGAACGUCACAAAAUAAACACUGUCGUCGUGGCCA